AUGUUCAAGUUCCUCCGGUCGCUCGCUCUAGUCAUCGUGCAACAGCGAUCCUCGGCUUUCCGGAUCAUAGAUCCCAGCUUCGAGGUUCGGCCUCCGGGAAAGAAUUGGCCGCAGGGUUUUUACCUUCGCCAUCCGCAGUUGAAAGGGCGACGGCUACGAGCGAUCGAUUGGAAGCGAGAUGAUCGGCAGAUCGAAGAGAAAGUCCGACACUGGUUUGCCAUCAUUGGCCGUGAACUGGCCGAUCCGGCCAUCCUCCCGGGGAAUGUAUAUAACAUGGAUGAGGCUGGAGUUCUUCUUAGCGUUCUCAACUCCCUCAAGGUGCUCGUCGGCAAAGACGAUUUGAGAAAGCAUCGAGGAACCACGGUGAAACGGACGCUCGUCACCGCGGUCGAAUGCAUUUCCGCCGAUGGUCGCUCCCUUCAUCCUCUCUCAUUAUCUGGCCGGCCUCCGCCCAUCGUGGCUCGUGGACCACUCAUGCCACCCCCGGAUGAAAUCAGUCUAUACUGGAUACAACAUGUGUUCGAUCCACAGAUUCGAGAGCGAGCGGGCGAUCGCCUCCGACUCUUAAUCUGCGAUGGUUUCGGUACCCACGAGUCUCUGGAGCCGUGCGAUGUGGGUGUCUUUGGUCCCUUGAAAACGGCAUACCGGACACAGGUUGAGCAGGCAUGCCGCGCUGGUUUGGGUACCAUCGGUAAGCCACACUUCACCUAUCUUUAUGAUCGCGCCCGAAAGGAGGCCCUUACACCCCGGAAUAUACGAUCCGCUUGGUCGAAAAGCGGCCUCUUUCCAUUCGAGCCGUCUCGCGUCCUUCGAGAGUUUCAAGCAUCCCAGCCCGAGAAACAGAUCGUGGUUCCUGUGGACUAUGCAACCGUGUCCUCUGAUCUCCGUUGCACUCCCAACACCUCUGACCAUUUCUCUUUGCUUCGGAGCGAGGUCGAGCGAGACACUCAGGAUCUGGACAACGUAUGCAAACAACGUCUACACACACUGAGCCACGCGGCCGAAAAGGUCUUUGCUGAGCGCGCGUUGUUGCUGGAGGAGAACCGGAUCGUAUUUGAGCAGAAUAAUGGAAAGUCCUGUCGACAAUCCACUGGCCAGACGGUCGUAGGACAUGCAAAUGUCAUGAGCUACGAAGAUAUCGUUGAAGCGCAAAAGAAACGCGAUAUGACGGUGGCGAAAAAAGGUCCGAGGCGGAAAAAGAGGGUGAAAGCCGGGGACAAGCUGCUUACAAAAUCGGAGGAGAAGCGCAAGGCGGCAAGAAAUACAAGCGUGGAAUAUGAGUGA